AUGAGCGAGUCCAUAUGCCUAAACUCUAUGUACAGGUUCUGCAAGGCUGUGAUAGCAGUGUUUGGCUCGGAGAAAUUUAGAGAGCCAAAUGUUGCGAAUACAACCCUAUUGUCGGCGAUGAAUGCCAGCAGGGGCUUUUCGAGGAUGCUUGGUAGCAUAGAUUUUAUGCACUGGGAGUGGAAGAACCACCCUUCGGCUUGCCAGGGGCAGUAUAGGGGCCAUGUCAAAGCUUGCACUGUCAUACUCGAGGUUGUGGCUUCACAAGAUUUCUGGAUUUGGCACUCUUUCUUUGGCAUGGCCGGAUCUCACAACGAUAUCAAUGUGCUUCAACGCUCUUCGGUGUUUGCAAGGCUUGUAGAAGAUAACUGCCUGGAGGUCAAUGUUGAGAUCAAUGGCCACCACUACAACAAAGGAUACUACCUAGCUGAUGAUAUCUAUCAUCAGUGGACUACUCUUGUGAAGACAAUCCCCAACCAUGUAGGAGAGAAGAGGAAGAGAUUUGCCAAGAGCAAGAGAGUUCUAGUAAGGAUGUGGGGCGCGACUUUGGUGCUCUUCAAUCUCAGUGGAGCAUCGUUCGGUAUCCUGCUAGAACUUCGAGCAACAAGAAGUUGUGGGAGGUGA